AUGCCCCUCGCGGACUUUUACAACACACUACCAAUGCCGAGUGAGGAUGCUAUGGAGUAUUGGAUAAGACUCAAUAAGACGGUGGAUGUGGCAAAUGAAUGCUUGAGGAGGCAGGGUCGCAAAAUUGAUGAUCCAGCUCAUGAAGUCAGUAUGAUGUUUGUCAAACACUGCCCUGAUCAAACUCUCUCUCAUGUUUUCAAGUUCAAGUCAGCAGACAAGUGGACUGCCAGUGAGAUUCAGGAGAGGCUGGACGAGAACCUUCAGGAAAAGAAAUCUCGUGCUGCCAUUGCAAAACCGCAAAAGCCCACCUCUUCUGUCUACAAAGCCCAGUCCCAGUGUGUGCCAAAGGUUGACGGUGCCCCCAAUACUAGUGAGGUUCAGCCACAAAUGCAGUCGUCCCCCUCUGCGGCACCUACUCCUGUUUCUGGUGUAGAUGCAGACUGCAUGAGGAGUCUGGAAGAGGACAAGAAAUACACCGCCUUCACAACUCCUCUGGGGCUGCAUGAAUACAACCGCAUGGCACAGGGACUAUGCAACAGGAAGAGUAAUGUGGUGGCGGAUGCACUUAGCCGUGUCCCCUUUGCAAGACUUUUAUCAGAACCCUACUCCUCGCUAAUCCAAGAAGCAGAUGAGAUAGUGGGAGACCGCGUUUUGGUGGCAAACAAAGGAGAACGAGGAAAGAGGAAACUUGCCGAUAAAUGGGAAGACAAAGUGUACACUGUUGUUGAUGCAAACCCCAACAUUCAUGUUUACAAAAUCAGUGAUGUGGAUGGACGCACAAAAGUUGUACACAGGAAUCUCCUGCUCAACGUCAACUUCCUGCCUCUCCCCGACAAUCAAACCGUGGGAGAUAUGGAGUUUUCUCUGCUCAGUGAUGAUAUGGACAGUACCAACGAUGCCUCUGCCAUAUUCAUGCCCAAUGAGACUGAGAUCGUGCAAAUCUCACCUGACACGUCCUGGACUGGAUCUGGAGGUCCUGGACUAGACCUGGAGGUCCUGGACUGGAUCUGGAGGUCCUGGACUAGAUCUGGAGGUCCUGGGCUGGAUGUGGAGGUCCUGGGCUGGAUGUGGAGGUCCUGGGCUGGAUCUGGAGGUCAGUGCUCCCUCAGAGCUGCAGCGUCUGUGGCUUUUUGUGAGUUUUAUUGUGGCCAGUUUGAGGCCAGUCUGAGGUCAGCCUGA